AAAACAAUUCAGCGACAGGUAUGCAGGGGAAACACUUGCAGCAAUUUAGUAUAAAAGCAGAUGUUACUUAUGUUGGAAGACCUAACAAAAACGACAUCGGAGUUUAUCAGCGCAACAUUUCAAAUUCUAGAUCAGUACCAAAAUAGGCAUGGCAUCGAAAGCACACAAGACAAGCAAAUACGCUCGUGGCGGUGGUAGUGAGUUGUUUCUAAGUGAUAGGCCAAAAUACGUAUGCAACAGCAAGCGAGGAGGAACUUCGAAGACUGACAUUGAACAUGGCGAAAUACCAAAAAUAUCGAAUCGUAAAGUACGUGAACGCUUAAUCCAUCUGCUGGCUUUUAAGCCCUACACAAAGACGGAAUUAUACACAGUGCUAAAACGAGAAGGAUUACAGGAGUGUGAGCGCAGAGUAAUUGGGAUUGUACUUAAGGAUAUAGCACAGCUACGCCAAAACGCAUAUAGUUUGCGCAUCCGCAUAUGGAAAGAAGUUGAUGAAAACUGGCCCUACUACACGAAGGAACAGCAACAGCAGCUGAAAUGGCACAAAGAACAGAACUUACGACCGCUAAAUAGCUCAGACGACGUUACUUCCAUUUCGAGUUGCAGUCCUACAUCAACAUCUAACAACAGCCCACCACAACUGGACGAAAAUUACCCAACACGAGAAGUUGACACAUUUAAGCGCCCAUGGGCGGAUAGCCAUGAAUCACAAACGUCGAAAAAAAGAAAAACUGAUAAUACGAUCGCUGAUAAAUGUACGGAAAAUCAACACACCAGCUCUCAACAGUCUACAGCUCACAUUUACGCUAGCACAACUAACGCAGAACUCAACAAGUUUGACCUCAGUGACUAUACGGAGAUCAGAAAUAGGGCACAGCGUCACCAAUAUAAGGCUGCAUUUGAUCAAUACUUUGAAGAAUAUAUGCCACUCUUUCAGCAGAUUGGAGAGUUGGAACGCAAUUUCGGUGAACUUGGUGGACAAUUUCUGCAAGCGCCCGCAAACAGUCUUGACCGCCAGCACAUUACGAAGCGCAUAGUGGCAACAUAUAACAUCAUUUAUAGCCAGGAGGGAUGUAGGCGUCAGCAGCGUCGCAACUAUUUACAUGCGAAACUGGCACAUAUCAAGCAGCUAAUAAUGAGCUAUGAUAGGAAAUGUGCAGAGGAGGCAGCACUGACAAUAGCUAUGGAAUGUCGGUGGAACGCCACCACUACUGCGGCGGUAACAAUUGCGAGACCUGAUGAAAAUCCGAUCACAAACGGCUAUGGGAGAACAGAAACUCAUAUACAAAGCCCAGCCACAAAAAACGAAGGCGUUUCAGAUUUUCAGGGCACCGAUCUGCCACUCUCGGAUAGCGAAAGCGAUGAUGACUAUUUAGGUAUUACAAACAAGAAACUGCAACGCGACUACAUGUUGCUUACCCAUCAAAUGCAACGUGUUACAGAAGACUCCGACGACUACGAACACUUAAUAGAAUGUAUUGAGAGCGAAUAUCAACGCAUUUAUAGUGUGGAGAUACUACGAUCUCAGUAUUUAUACAGCAAACUUAUACAUAUUCGAAAGCUCGUGACCGAUUAUGAUUCGUCAGUGUCAUCGAAACCCGUGACAGCAAGAUUGGCGACAGCUGCAAAGGAUUAUCCACAACGGCAGCAACCUAGUUUCAUAUCAGCGGCUGGUUUCGGUUCCAUGCGUUCUGAGAAUGCAAAUUGUUGCGAUACUCUACGGUCACCGGCGUUGAGCCUUACUGUUGCUAACUUAAGACAAUACGACAAACAAGAAGUAUAA